CAGAGCGGCGCGCGACACACCGCUGACGAGCAGCCAAUCAUCAUCAUCCUCAUCACUUCCAGCCGGACAUGUCGUACAAGCCGAUUGCUCCGGCUCCAGCAGCAGGGAGCAGCAACGCUCCGGGCAUCCCUGUCACCCCUGUGCCUGGAGCUGCGGUUUCAUCCCCAUCAGGAGCUGUGCCAGUCUCUUCCUUCCGACUCAACUUCAGUGACUUUGGACCCCCUUCUAUGGGCUUUAUACCGGGAGUGAAGCCAGCUGUGUCACAAGCAGUGUCUCAGGGGACCUACAGCGACCUGCUGUCUGUGAUUGAGGAGAUGGGCAGAGAGAUCAGACCCACCUAUGCUGGAAGCAAAAGUGCCAUGGAAAGAUUAAAAAGAGGUAUAAUCCAUGCUAGGGCUCUCGUGAGAGAGUGUCUCGCUGAAACAGAACGCAACGCUCGUACGUGACCUCUUUCUAGCUCUGCACUUUCUAAUUUUUUUUCCUCCCUUUUUUUUUUUAAUCUAUAAAAAGCAAAUAAAGUUACUCUUGAUU